GGGCCGCGCACAUGCCGCCGGUCAUGAUUUGCACCCCCCCCUCUUGGACGCCCCACUCUUGGCCGCUCCAGAUUUACCGGGAGGCUGGAUGCACAUGCCGCGGCUGGCCUGGGCGGGAGCCGGACGCAUGUGCGGCCUGAUGUCUGUCCAGCGCUCGGUCCUUCCACGGCCGUGGCCAGCUGCGCCGGGCUUCCGCGCGCGCGGCCAGCAGGCGCUGGGUCUUUGUCACGACCAUUCGCGACCCGUGGGCGCGGUUCUGGAGCCAGCUUCGGUACGAGAUGGCGCCCUGCCUGGGUGACCCGAGGCACCUGGCGGCCUGUAUCGGAGGGAACUUCGGCCAGAUCGGGGACUGGUGGUCGCCGACGGCGCACCCCGACAGCGUGCUGGGCGUCCCGGAGGCGAGGCUCGGGCCCAGCCCGGCCCUGUACACCGACAACUACUACGCGCGGGUCCUCCUGAAUCGAACAGACGUGGCCGGGCCCCCGCUGACGGACGCGGACUUCGAUGCCGCCGCCCGGCUGCUCGAGGAGCGCUUCUCCGCGGUGGUCGUCGUGGAGGACUUCGCCCGCUCCGCCCUGCAGCUCGUCUGCGCCGUGGGCCUCGACCCGGGCCUGGCGCGCCCGCUGCUGCGCACGCGCGUGCGGCCCUACGCGGCGCACGAGGCCAUGAUGAUAGUCCCGGAGAGCGACGCGCACCUGGGCAAGCGCAACGCGGACGCUCUGCGCGCGAGGUUCUACAGGCGGAACCAGCUGGACUACGCCUUGUACUCGCGCGCCCGCGCGACGUCUUCGCGGCGGCUGGCGGCUUGCGCCAGGAGCAGGCCCGAGGUGGAGAGGCUCUGGCGCGCGCCCCUCGAGGAGAUGUCCAGCGCACCGCCUGAACCUACUCCACCGCCGCAGCCUGGGGGCGUCUCCAUCGACGACCUUUUCGGCUGCAGCGGUGGCCGCAUCGAGCAGCAACCAGAUGGCGUCUACCUGCUGGCCUGCCCACGCUCGGCCGCCGCGAAGGCGUCCUCGUGGUGGUCGGGCCAAGUCGGCAACGAGGCCCCGCCCAGGAAGCUCGGGCAGCCGGUGCCCGGCGCGGAGUGCUGGCGGGAGGGCUUCAGCUGGCAGACGUGCUGCGCCGGCCGCUUCGGGUCGCAGGGGAACCUGGAGCCGCUCGGCGGCGUGCGGAGGCGCCGGUUCGCCUGCGCCCUGAGUGCGAUCUGCGUGUUCACGGCGCAGACGUUUCCGCGCCAAUCGGGGCCGCGGCGCGGCGGCCCCGGAGACACGAUGGCUGGCACGGUGGCCGCGCCCCGGGAGCUGCUGCGCGAGAUCCUGGAGGACGGCACCUGCCCCGCCCACCUCCAGCGGCGCCUGCGGCGGCUGCUGGGCGCCGCGCCCGCUGGGCUGGCGCCGCCCCCCGCGGUGUCCCCGAAGGGGGAGGCGGAGUGCAGCGGCGCUCGGCGGGCCAGCAUCACCGACCGGAUCUGGCCCCUGCUGCCGUUGGUGACCGAGCGGCUGGCGCUGGCGGAGAUCGUGGCGGUGCGGGCUUGCAGCUCCGCCGGCCUCGAGUGGGCGAUGGCACGGCGCCCGCACCGGCUCGGCGAGCUGGGGCAUGUGCACGACAGGAUUCGGAGCCGCCUGUGGAUUCACCGGCUCUUCGUCCUCAACGAGGGUACAGCCGACGAGGCCGUCUACGAGGCCCGGGUGCGGGGCCUGGCGGACGACGCGCAGGGCCGGCGUCUGGAGGCUGAGAUGGCCGAGGCGCGCCGGGACAUGGAGGACCAGAUCCGCAGCUUCCAGCUGGACGUGGACCGGCGCAUGGACCUGCAGGCGGGGCGCGUGCACGCCAUCGUGGAGGAGCGCGUGCAGCACCAGCUGGACGCCAUCCUGCACGCCGAGAUGCAGAAGGUCCAGGAGAUCGUGGAGGACCUCGUGCAGAGCAUGGUCCGCGCGGUCGUGCAGGCCGAGGUCCACGCCGCCGCGCGCGAGAUGCGGGCGCGCCUCGCCCGCCUCGCGCGCGAGAAUGACCGCCUCCGGGCGGCCUUCCUGGAGCAGCUGGACCACUCGAGCCUGUGCCUCCGGUUCCUGGUCUGGGCUCGCAGCUCCAGCGCUACCGCCGGCCUGCUCGCGCGGGUGCUGUGGGCCACCAGGCGCCGGCUCGGCGCGUGGGUCCUCGGCGUCCCGCCCGACCGGCGCGGGGAGGGCCUCCGCUCGCGCCUGGAGCCCUUCCAGCGCGCCGGCGAGGACGAGGGCGGCGAGGCCGCCGCCGCCGCCGCGGGUCUGCGACCCGCGGGCUCGGCGUGGGAGGAGGGCGAUCCCCUGGACGCGGUUGCCGCGAUCGCGGUGCUGUGUAGCGCGAUGCGCGCGCGGCAGGCGCGCCAGCAGCAGGCCCAGACGUCCAGCAGCGGCGGGGGCGGCGGCGCAGCAGGGGGAGCAGGCGGGGGCGCGGGUGAGCCAGGCAGCGGGCUCGGCCUCGCCGUGGACCCCGCGGGCGAGGGUGACGCAGGCGGCUCAGCCUGGGGGGCAGAGUGGAUGGGGAGCCGAGGCCGGCCGUGCGGGAGGAUCCGCGGGCGGCCGCGCCCGACGAUGCGCGCCCACUCGCAGAGUGGGCCCCGCUCGAGGAGGACGUCGCCGAAGCCGUGGGCCCCGCCGAGCAGGACGUUCCACGACGCCCGGGAGGACGCGGACUGA